AUGCGCGCUGUUCUGCCGUAAAUCGAAACCGUAGCAGCACAUUCAGAUCCAGGCCACAAACAUGUUCAACCGUUCAGAAAUAUAGUCGACUAACAAGUAGCUUUGUCAGUGCUAUCUGUGAGCACUACACGGAAAAACGGGGUCGGGUCUGGGGUAACGCGGCGUUCAUGCAUGGGUCAUGUUGUAUUCUAGCGUAGUUGUGAGCUGAUACUGUGUUUUGUUCCGCGGUGUGUGUGUGUUAUGUGUUGACUGUAAAGAGGACAGUGCGUCACCGUACAAGAUGGACACUGCCGAAGAAGCUGACAUAUGUAGAGUGUGUCGAUCUGAGGGAACUCAUGACAAACCCCUCUACCAUCCCUGUGUGUGCACUGGAAGUAUUAAGUUCAUCCACCAAGAAUGCUUGGUGCAGUGGCUUAAACACAGCAGAAAAGAGUACUGCGAAUUAUGCAAGCACAGAUUUGCUUUCACACCAAUUUACUCUCCAGACAUGCCUUCACGGCUUCCAGUGCAGGACAUUUUUGCAGGACUGGUCACGAGUAUAGGCACGGCUAUCCGAUACUGGUUUCAUUACACGCUUGUUGCCUUUGCUUGGCUGGGGGUUGUACCUCUAACAGCAUGUCGCAUCUAUAAGUGUCUGUUUACUGGAUCCGUAAGCUCUCUCCUGACUCUGCCGUUAGAUAUGCUCUCCACGGAGAACCUGCUGGCCGACUGCCUGCAGGGCUGCUUUGUGGUGACCUGCACCCUCUGCGCCUUCAUCAGUCUGGUGUGGCUGCGGGAGCAGAUUGUUCAUGGAGGAGCCCCGUUAUGGUUGGAGCAGAACCAGCAGCAACCUGCUAAUGCAGCAGGACCACCUAAUGAGGAUGCUGGCCAGGGUAAUGGGGGUGCUGAAAACCAGCCCAUGCCCGCACCGGCUGAACCUCCAGCAGAAAACGCUGCAGCGGCUGAAGCUCCUGACCUCCCCGCUGACCCUGCUGAAGAGAUGGAGCUGGAUAAUGAAGAUGAGGAGGAUGGAGGAGCCGAAGAUGUGGCAGAUGCCAACAAUGGAGCACAGGAUGAUAUGAACUGGAAUGCUCUUGAAUGGGAUCGUGCAGCUGAAGAGCUCACUUGGGAAAGGAUGCUUGGGCUUGAUGGGUCCCUGGUUUUUCUGGAACAUGUGUUCUGGGUGGUCUCACUCAACACACUCUUCAUCCUGGUGUUUGCUUUCUGUCCCUACCAUAUUGGCCACUUCUCAGUGGUUGGACUUGGUUUUGAAGAAUAUGUUCGUGCCUCACACUUCGAGGGACUCAUCACUACUAUAGUUGGAUAUGUCCUUUUAGCCAUCACACUCAUCGUGUGUCAUGGAUUAGCAGCACUAGUGAGAUUUCAAAGAUCACGCCGCUUGUUAGGAGUCUGCUACAUUGUUGUAAAGGUCUCUCUUCUUGUAGUUGUGGAGAUUGGCGUGUUCCCCCUCAUCUGCGGCUGGUGGCUUGAUAUCUGCUCUCUGGACGAAAAAAGUUAUGAGUUCACCUUUAAAACCUUAGAAAUGUUUGAUGCCUCUUUGAAAGACAGAGAGUUGAGUUUUGAAUCCGCCCCAGGGACCACCAUGUUCCUUCAUUGGCUGGUGGGGAUGGUCUAUGUCUUCUAUUUUGCCUCUUUCAUUCUUCUACUCCGAGAGGUUCUAAGGCCUGGAGUCUUGUGGUUUCUCAGAAAUCUGAAUGAUCCAGAUUUCAACCCAGUGCAGGAAAUGAUACAUCUACCAAUAUAUAGACACUUGAGACGAUUCAUAUUAUCAGUGGUUGUGUUUGGCUCAAUCGUUCUUCUCAUGUUGUGGCUUCCUAUCCGGAUAAUCAAACACAUCUUCCCUACAUUUCUUCCCUACAAUGUGAUGCUUUACAGUGAUGCUCCAGUGAGUGAGCUGUCUCUGGAGUUGCUUUUAUUGCAGGUUGUUCUUCCUGCUCUGUUGGAACAGGGACAUACACGACAGUGGCUCAAAGGUCUGGUGCGAGCGUGGACCGUGACCGCUGGCUACUUGCUAGACUUGCACUCUUACUUGCUGGGAGACCAGGAAGACAAUGAGAACAACGUCAACCAGCAAGCCAACAACAACAACCAGCAGGCCCGAAACAACGCCAUCCCUGUGGUGGGAGAAGGACUGCACGCUGCCCACCAGGCCAUACUACAGCAGGGGGGUCCAGUGGGCUUUCAGCCCUAUCACCGGCCCAUGAGAUUCCCUCUAAGGAUUGUGUUGCUGAUAUUGUUCAUGUGUGUGACGCUGCUUUUGGCCAGUUUGGUGUGUCUCACAUUACCAGUGUUCACUGGACGUUGGCUGAUGUCCUUCUGGACAGGAAGUGCUAAGAUCCAUGAGCUGUACACUGCAGCGUGUGGGCUGUAUGUGUGCUGGCUCUCCAUUAGAGCGAUCACAGUGAUGCUGGCCUGGAUGCCUCAGGGGCGGAGAGUCAUCCUGCUCAAGGUUCAGGAGUGGACCCUCAUGAUUAUGAAGACACUGAUUGUGGCAGUGCUGUUGGCUGGGGUGAUCCCUCUGCUCUUGGGACUGCUGUUUGAGCUGGUGAUUGUAGCUCCUCUCAGAGUGCCGCUGGAUCAGACGCCGCUGUUCUACCCCUGGCAGGACUGGGCUUUAGGAGUGCUGCAUGCCAAAAUCAUUGCUGCCAUCACCCUCAUGGGUCCCCAGUGGUGGUUGAAGACCGUUAUUGAGCAGGUGUAUGCCAAUGGAAUCCGGAACAUUGACCUUCAUUUCAUCAUCAGGAAGCUGGCGGCCCCGGUCAUUGCUGUACUGCUUCUUUCUCUCUGCAUCCCCUAUGUGAUUGCUGUAGGCAUCGUCCCCCUUCUAGGGGUCACUUUGGAGAUGCAGAAUCUGGUGCAGAGGAGAAUAUACCCCUUCCUUUUGAUGAUAGUGGUGCUGAUGGGUAUCCUCUUUUUCCAAAUCCGACAAUUCAAGCGCCUUUAUGAGCACAUCAAGAACGACAAGUACCUUGUUGGACAGAGACUUGUGAACUAUGAACGAAAAGCUGGCAAGCCCAGCACUACCACACACAGCAGUUCAGUGCAGGAGUAAAGAGCUUGAGAUUGCUUUGGAGUCACUGUUUCUGUGUGCGAGUGAGUGAAUGAUUGAACAGCCUUCCUCUCCUGCUCCCUCUGUGUGCGUCUAUACAUCCAGCACGUCCACAAAGACUGAAAAAACUGACCUCUGGCCUCUCUGACACUGCCAGCAAAAAGGGGCGAAAGAGCCGUGUACAUAAACAGGGCGAAAGAGUGAAUCCCUACAGCCAGCCAACCGUGGAUUAAAAAGAAUGCCUCCUAAAAAGAAAAAAAAAAGUGUGUUAAUUUAUUAAAUCGAGUUGUUACCUUAUUUGUGGAGAUUUGUUCGUGGCAAGACUCGACCCACAUGGUUCUUUUCAUCACCCUCAUGAAGAGGCCACUAAGACUCUAGGGAUGAAAAGUCUGGGUCAUAAUGGAGCUGGAUUGCCACAUUAGUACCAGUUUAUUUAUUAGGUUUAAAUUUUCAAUGAAAUAUGAUCUUGAAGUUUUUGAAUGCGAGGGUCUUGUUUGAUUUGAUGCUUUUGGUAGUGUGUCUUACCUUCAUUUCUCGAUGCUUUAAGCUCCAGACCAGAAGCGGAUGGAGGGGGAUUUAAGGGUUACAACACACCCAUAUGCUUCCUGUCAUGUGGAAAAGAGGGAAUAUUGUUUCAACAGUUCGCCUGCGACUGUUCAUGACCAAUUCCUAGAAGCACAGAGUCAGUAUCUAGCAGUCGAAGCGUAGUUUGAUGGUAGAGUUUAUGGCUCACAGUGAGCCGCGAAUCUGAUCUCUGCCUGCUAGCUCUGCUUUCAACUCUGAAAAAUCCUUUCGAGUAGCUUAGAAGACCGUUUAGAGUGCUAGUUGAGUCAGCGGUUGAGCUAGCAUAUUUGUCUGCUGUUCAAGUUGAUAUCGACCGUUGUAUGUCCGUCUCGUGCGCAGCAUGGCCUAGCAACACUUUCUCAUAAAUGUAACUCUGGCACGUAAACAGGUUGUUGCACUUUUAUUUUAAUUAACGAAAGCGUCUUUUAAGAGCAGCAAUAGUUCGGAAACCCUUUAGACCAAAGUCCUUAAACAUCUAGGAGAUCACUAAAAUUCAUUAAACUGAUCAGAUUUUCAGCUGAAAUGUGGUUUAUGAUUCUUGCAUCAAUUUGGUAGAAGAGUUUAGUGUCUGUAGGAAAGGAGGAGAUCCUAAACGCGUUUGUAAAUAAUGUAACUUUUCAAUUGUUCAUAGCGGAGUAUGUUUUUCUCCAUUUCAAAUGUGCUGCGUCUGUUACAGGUUCGCGAAUCCUGCAGAAUUUGUCUCAGACGGCGUUAGAGAUUAGUGUUAUUAAUCAGCGCUGAGAUUCUAUAAGUGACCUUAUAGUAUCUUAUUACACUGAAACUGGAUACUGUAUGCUUCUUGAUAGCUUGUGCUCCUCUGAAAGGCAAAUGUUCUAUUUUUAUAUGCGCAACAGUGACACCAUUUUCAUGUUUGCUCAGCCAUUGAUUUGACUUCCUCUGAAGUUUUCUGAGGUCAGCUAGAAUCCAGGUAAAGGUAAUGGUCCAGCACUAAAUAACCCUCGUGUGUCUGGUUUACUAAGCCUUUUCCUUUUCAUCGCAUGUUUGUGUGAGAAGUAUUCAGUAUUUGGAAUGUUUUCAAACCUCCUAGGAGGCUCUCGCUGUAACAAUUACAUCCUCAUCAUUUUUUUUUUUGUUUGUUGGAAACUUUUAUUACAAAUAUUAAAUCACAAAGUGUAGUA